UUUGGUCCACAACAUUAGGCCAAUCAGCAACUUUUACAUUCAUAUUACUUUUUUUCUUUUUCUUUUUCGAAUCAAUAAGCUAUUUUUCAAUUUUAUCAUAAAAAUUAGAUCUUUGCCUAUGGGAAAGGUUUGCCAUUAGGCACUUUUAUACUACUGAGAUGUCAAUCUCUUGUUAUGCCACGUAACAGAAACUUCACUUGAACAUCAAUUACUUGCAUUUCCACUGAACUGCAAUUACUCAGGAGCAACAAUACCUUUGUGUUCCUCAUUUCUGCUUGAAAAUUCUUUCACUUUGCAUUAGCUUUUGAGGGCUAUAAAUGUUGGAGCUUCCCAAAUUCAUUUACCUUUCUUCAUGAAAUUGAGGGUUUCAGCUCAUAGAGAAUCUGCAAUUCAAAUGGGAGAGUACAAUGGUGCAGAGUACAUAGGGAUUAAUGAGGUUCCAUCUCCUAGACCAAAUAAUAAUGCUAAGAAAGUUUCGCUCUUGCCAUUAAUUUUCCUCAUUUUCUAUGAGGUUUCUGGUGGUCCUUUUGGUGUUGAGGACACUGUACAUGCAGCUGGUCCUCUUUUUGCUCUUCUUGGAUUCUUGAUUUUCCCAUUAAUAUGGAGUGUCCCUGAGGCACUAAUUACAGCUGAAAUGGGCACUAUGUUCCCUGAAAAUGGUGGCUAUGUUGUUUGGGUUUCAUCUGCUUUAGGCCCAUAUUGGGGGUUUCAACAAGGUUGGGUGAAAUGGCUUAGUGGAGUUAUUGAUAAUGCACUUUACCCUGUUAUGUUUCUUGAUUACCUUAAAUCAGCUAUCCCUGCAUUAGGUGGUGGGCUUCCUAGAAUUUUAGCUGUUUUAGCACUUACUAUAGUACUAACUUACAUGAACUAUAGAGGUUUAACGAUCGUUGGAUGGGUUGCUGUCUCGCUUGGUAUACUGUCGAUUUUACCUUUCGUGGUUAUGGGGCUCAUUUCGAUUCCCAAAAUAAGGCCUGGGAGAUGGUUAGUAGCAGAUGUACAUAGUAUUGAUUGGAACUUGUAUCUGAAUACUCUCUUUUGGAAUCUGAACUAUUGGGAUUCGAUAAGUACUCUUGCUGGAGAAGUACAUAACCCGAAAAAGACUCUCCCUAAGGCACUGUUUUAUGCUGUGAUUUUAGUGGUUUUAUCGUACUUUUUCCCUUUGUUGAUUGGUACCGGAGCUGUUCCCCUUGAACGUGACUUGUGGACCGAUGGCUAUUUCUCAGACAUUGCGAAGAUACUUGGUGGAGUUUGGCUUAGAUGUUGGAUUCAAGGGGCGGCUGCUGUAUCAAAUAUGGGAAUGUUUGUAGCUGAAAUGAGCAGCGACUCUUUUCAGUUACUUGGUAUGGCAGAAAGGGGAAUGCUUCCUGAGUUCUUCGCAAAGAGAUCUCCUUAUGGAACUCCCUUAAUUGGGAUUCUCUUCUCGGCUUCUGGUGUGAUUUUACUUUCAUGGAUGAGCUUUCAGGAGAUAGUAGCGGCAGAAAAUUUCUUGUAUUGCUUCGGAAUGAUCUUGGAAUUUAUAGCAUUUGUAUGGUUAAGGAUUAAGUAUCCAAAUGCACCACGCCCUUUCAAGAUACCCGGGGGAACAAUUGGAGCCGUCCUUUUGUGCAUACCACCAGCCGUUCUCAUCGGUGUUGUAUUGGCCUUCUCUACAAUCAAAAUUUUGAUCGUAAGCCUCGCUGCUGUUGCAGUCGGGUUGGUGUUGCAACCAUGCAUUAAGCUUAUCGAGAAGAAGAGAUGGCUGAAAUUCUCCACUAGUUCUGAUCUUCCUGAUAUCACAUCACACGGUCCAUUAAUUCGUUGAUUCUCUAAAUGAGUUAUGGCAUAAUACGGUUUAACUAUUUCACUUACAUAACAGCUAUGGCAACUGUGUUCAGUACAGGGUUAUCAUGGGACCAGAAUUGGUUCUCGAGGUUUGGAUGAUCCUUUUGCCAUGUCCUAAGUAGCUACUGUUUCCAGAGCAACUCCAGCAACAGAAGUGGUUCGUCAAAGGUAGGAUGACCCGUUUCUCUUUAAGGAACUUACGCUAGUUUCUAAUCUUGUAGCUGUAUCUGCCCUGCUCUUGAGAAUACUAAAGUUAAGUAGCGACCGAUGAUAGUUCAGGGAAUUGCUUUAGAAACAGAUGGUGAUUGGUUUUUCCUGGAUUGAUUAUGUUACUUGUGUGUAAUGCAUAGUGUGCUAGUAAGACUAAUAAUUGUAGAGGUGUAAAUGAACGCAUGUGUUCAUAACUGAAACCGGAUACUGCUCAUGUAAGUUUGUACUCAGGUUAUUUAUUAAGAAAACGAGUUUGAUUCCACCA